AAAAAAUUGGAAAAAAAUUUCAGAUCUCUCUCCCUCUCUCAAUUCAUCGCUCUCAUUCGUCUCUCUCUCAAUUCAUCACCUUUCGUCUCUCUUUCUCUUUGAAUUGCAUUGCCGAUUCAAAGUAGAAAUCCGUCACCGGGACACGAUUUCAUCUCUGGACACGAACACGAUGCCCCUCCGUCGCCGGCCAUAUCUCCAGGAUGUUUGCCCCUCCGUCACCGGCCAUCGAGAUACCAUGCAGGCUCGAAAGAACCCUAAAAUCUCUCUCAAGUUCCACCCUUUCAGAUCCGCAUUUAUGUGGCAAUUUUAUCCCCGAUUCUUCUCCAUCGGCAGCCACCCGUACGCGAGCCCUUCAUCUUCACUGGCAUCAGAUGGUCAAGAUCGGAUUGAAGUUCUCCAGCACCAACGCUGUACCGACAUCGCCGUGUACCACCUCUUCUACCUCGCCAGGCUCGACAUCGUAAGCUGGUGGACCGUCGUAGUCGCCAGGGAAAGAAAAAUCUCUCGUCUCAUCCGCGAACAACGCUCGAGUACCGGGCCCUUCGGACAAACCGACUGCCGAUGCCCGAACUCCCCACACCCGAAACACCGUAAGCUCGCGACGGCCCUAGGUGCAGCCGCCGACGCCUGCUGUCCGGCCAUCCCGCCGGUCCGCUGA